UUCAAAACAAGUUCGGACAAAAACGAUACAUAACAUAAAAUAGGGAUUUCUACCUCUGACAGUCUCCAUUUGGAGUAAUAAAUGGGGUCAACAUUAAGACAAGAUGUUGACUUCAAUGCUCUGUUCAAGAAGCUGGGUCACCAUCUGGAUGAGAUUCGUGUUCGAGCCUUGGAGAAUAUUCUUUCCAAGUUAGAGCACAAGCUUAUAUGUGACUCUGAUCUUGUCCAAGAACGCCACUUGUUUAUUCGCCUCCUUGAAUGGUUCAACUACCCGAAAUCUUCCCGGCAUUCAGAUGUCCUCAAUCUACUCUGCAGGCUUUCAGAGCACACAUCUGGUGCAGAAACCUUACAAGACAUUGGUGCUAUUGAGUUUCUUACCAGUCUGCGAAAAGAUGUGACAUCGGCCCUGCAACCAGUUGUCGAUCAGGUGCUUGAGAACUGCAUGCGCCUGCCUGACGUUGAUAUUGGAUUGGACCAUGCUCCAGAGUGUAUCUAUCAGAGACACAACCAUUCAGGAAUGACAGCGGGUGCAGAAACCACAGUGGAUACCAUAGCAACCCGUCAUACCCAGGAUUAUUCCCUCGCCCCUAGCACCAAUGCCCCUUCUGAGCAUGGAGCCAGACUACCAGAUUACAGGGAACCACCUUUGGGGUUCUUUGAGGGGUGUCAGGGAGAUCUGGGGCAACAGCCUAUGACUCCAGGGUCCGGGGGUCACCCCACAGCAGCUGAUCUGGGGCUUGAGGGCAGUAGCUGUUUUAGAAUGACCAUAUUUCCAUGGUUAUCACUCACACCCACAGACAGACAUGUUCUCUCCUCCACCAACAGUUCUCUCCAGAGUCGGGAGGCCUCGAUGCUUGUCAGCACGUGCGAGUUUCUAAGUGACGUUGUCUUCCAAGAUUUUCCUGCUGAAAUUUUCCUGCAGAGGCCUAAUAUUGUCAAGAACCUGCUUUCACUCCUGAGUGGACCAAUCAAAGAAGGGGGUGUGGCCAGGCUUCAGGCUGUAAGGACAUUGGCUGACUAUGUCACAUGUCUGCGUAGUAGAAUACGAUGUCACCAGGAUCCCAACUUUUACACAGCAAAACAAGACUUCAGCACCACACCAACUCCAUUCUCUACACCCUCCAGUUCUUCAUCAGCCAAUCAGAAUGGAGGAGGAGAUGGAAGACCAUCGGUGAUUGGUUGGACAGAUUCCCGCCCCCGGGGGGAUGGCCGGGAUGGAGAUACAUCUGGUUCUUCCACAGGGACAUCUCGGGCUUCCAGUGUGGGCUUAAGCCCGGAAGGCAGGAGAGGAGAACCCAUUGACCUUGAGGAUGUCCCUGCCCUUCAAUACCUGCAGUUAACCCUUCCACAGUUUUGUACCCAGGUUCUGGAGAGAGCACUGCCACUUCUACGCUCUACUGAUCAGUGGUAGUCGUUCUCAGCACUAUGAAGAUCACAAGGCCCGUUACAAGAAGUUGCUGUUACAGCUUCUUGCCCAUCCAAUAGAAAAGCUGCGACUGGGCGUAUUUACUGCUGUACUGCAAUGUGUUAAGACGAACCUCAGUGUGCUAAAAGCCAGCGAACCUGGCUCAACAAGCUGUGAGAAGGUCAGAUUCAUCAUUGACGCCGACAUCUUGUACGAGAUCGUUGUCUUUGGACUCGCUGAUAAGGAUACAAAGGUGGCCAAUGC